CAUGCAAGUAAGCCCUCUACAGACAAUGAUUGCAGAAAACGUAGAUCAUCAGAUCACGAGAACAAAAAUGGCUGCUCAAACUCAAGGAAUCCAGCAACUUUUACAAGCUGAAAAGAGAGCUGCCGAGAAGGUUUCGGAGGCGAAAAAACGAAAGGCCAGGAGAUUGAAACAAGCAAAAGAAGAAGCUCAUGCAGAAAUAGAGAGCUAUAGGAAAGAAAGGGAUACACAGUUUGCAGCUAUACAACAGAACUACAUGGGGUCAAAAGGAAGCCAGGCAGAUGAAAUAGAUAAACAAACAACACAGAAGAUCUAUGACUUACAGCAGAGAGUAAAUGAAAACAGAGAUGUAGUUUUAGAACAAUUGUUUGACCUAGUUUUUGACAUCAAAGCAACAGUGCAUGAAAAUGCUAGGUUGUAAUAUUAAUAGGUGAAAUAUAUGAUAGUUCUCUAAAGUUUGACAUAGGAAAAUGGACUUUGUAUGCAUGAGAAUGUACUAGGUAAUCAUCAACAGUAAACAGUCUAUUUCAUGUUUUGAUAUUGAAAUCCUGCAGUAGUACUGUAUCUGCACUUGUGAUUACUAAUUGGUUCAUAAAAACUUGUAAUUUAUUGUACUAGAAAACAUAGAAACUAGAGUAUUAACAGAUAUUUUGGUUGGAAAACUAUGAUAAAAUUUUAUUUAGUGAUGGGUUGGUAUAUGUCAUUGUAUUUAAUUAAUCAGUAAUUAUAUAAUUGGAGGAAAAAAUCCAAUUUAAAUUUAAUGAAAUUUAUAUUUACUACCACUGGUGUUUUCUGAAGUUAAAAUUGCUAUGAUUUCAAAUUAAAUAAUCAAGUUGCAAUACUUAGUUAAUUUUUUAAGUGUUAAUUUGAUUAUUUAAAAAUUGGGUUUUUAUAAUAUUUAGGUUUAUGUUUUAUUUAUGAGGGAUCUACAACUUAAUAUCGCUAUGCAAAUCUUGAUUGUCAAUCAUAAAUUAUAUAGGUUUCUGCAGCAUUUGUGGCACUAGAGGACAUAAGUUCCCUGUGUGACGACCAAAACCCACAUUGGUCAUGACUUGGACCAGGAAAAAAUACUACACAAAUUCUAUGGGCAUAGUAUGAUCUCCGUCCCAGCUAGUUUGCGCCUGAUACCCCAUCAGGCAAAUUCUAGCACCACCUGUUAUUUAGUACAGUAGCAGAAAGAAUUGCCUGUGGCUGUUGCUGAUGUGUUAUCCCUUACUGCUAUAGUGUGGGGUUAAUUUCCUUGUUAUUAUGUUACUUUAGUAAACAUAAUUGGCAUUCCAUAAAUUUAUGUUUGUGUUUUUAUUAAUGGAAACUCUAAUAAUGAUGUAUAGUAUUCAAAUCUUGCAAUGUUUAUAAUAGUAUAGAACAAAGAAUACAUACUAGUAUAUGGGAUGCAUUUGGCAGAAGAAAGCAUUGUAAUGCUGGUUGUACCAUUAUAUUUGUUUGUUUUGUGCCAUGGUAAAUAUUUGAAAUAAAGCAUAGCAAUACAUAGUGAA